GCCGACAUUCUCUGCAGUCUGCAGUAAAACAUGGCGUCACUGGAAAGUGGUCAGAGUCGAGAAGCUUCGUGGCUGUGAAACAGUUCAUGAAACCAGGCGGCUCACGACGACGUCUUCAUCACAACCUAUACCCGCUAUCUUUCAAAAACAUGCCUCGGAAAAAGCCAUUCAGCAACAAGCAAAAGAAGAAGCAGCUGCAAGACAAACGGGAGCGAAAGCGAGGUGACAUGGGCUCCGGACCAAGUAGCCGCAAUGCAAGUGUGGAGCGGGAGGCGGACCGACAGUCGGACACGUCAGACAGCGAGACCACUGACAUCCGCAGGAUCAACCAGCAGCCCUUCGGCCGAGAGGGAAGACACGAUCCUAAUAGGUUUCGUCUUCACUUUGAAAAGGAGAGCAAAGAGGAAGUAGAGAAGCGAAAGAAGAUGGCCCAGCAGAAGAUCCUGCUGCCCGUCUCCGACAAACAACUGGAAAUCGGCAUCGAAGACAUCUACCCGCCAGAAAGAGGCCUGGGUUUCCCACGACGGCCGCCCUGGAACUAUGAGAUGAGCCGAGCCGACUUGCUGAAGAAAGAGGAGAAGUCAUACAAGCGGUACCUGGACGACCUGCGGUCCAGAAACCCGCCCGGAUCCCUCAGCCAUUUUGAGCACAACUUGGAGACAUGGAGGCAGCUGUGGCGAGUGUUAGAGAUGUCAGAUGUCGUCCUGCUCAUUGUGGAUAUCCGGCACCCGGUUCUGCAGUUCCCCCCCGAGGUGUACCGCUACAUCACCGGCGAGCUGAAGAAGCACAUGGUGUUGGUUCUGAACAAAGUGGACUUGUGUCCGCCCCCCCUGGCGAUUGCUUGGAAGCAUUAUAUGACGUCGCAGUUCCCACAGCUGCGUGUUGUCUGCUUUACCUCCCACCGCGGGCAGGCCUACAGCACAGUGCUCCAGAAGAAACGGAUGAAGCGCAAGACCGACUGGAACCACGGCGGUGGUCCUGCGGAGAUCCUGAAGUCCUGUCAAGAGAUCACAGCAGGCCGAGUCGACCUGUCCAACUGGGAGUGCAAGAUCCAGGCCGACAUCGUUGCCGAGCAACAGGGAGAGGAAGGGCCGGACGAGAAGGUCGAGUCGGUGCUGGUCGAGCAUCAGAGCGAUAGUGCCCUGGAGAUGAGUAACCCGGCGCAGGAGCUGUACAAGGAUGGCGUCCUCACCCUGGGUUGCAUCGGAUUCCCAAAUGUUGGCAAGUCGUCUGUCAUCAACAGCCUGGUUGGCCGGAAGGUGGUGAGCGUGUCACGCACCCCGGGCCACACCAAAUAUUUCCAGACCUACUACCUCACCUCCACCGUCAAACUCUGCGACUGCCCAGGCCUCGUCUUCCCCUCCCGUGUGGAUAAACAGUUGCAGAUCCUGGCCGGCAUCUACCCAGUGUCGCAGUUGCAGGAGCCGUACAGCUCGGUGGGUUAUCUGUGCGAGAGGACCCCCUUCCUCUCCGUGCUGAAGCUCAAGCAUCCAAACUUGGAAGAAGGCGACAGCCGGCAAGGAAAGCGCCUUUCGGAUGAGGAGCCCUGGACUGCCUGGGAUGUUUGCGAGGCAUGGGCUGAGCGGAGAGGAUACAAGACGGCAAAAGCGGCCCGAAACGAUGUAUACCGGGCAGCCAACAGCCUCCUGAGGUUAGCCACUGACGGCCGCCUUUGCCUGUGCUUCCAACCGCGCGGCUACAGCUGCCUGAGAGAGCAUUGGGAAAGCCACACUGACAUCCCGAAGAUUCUGGCCUUGCAAGGACGGACGUCAGAGGAGGACACCACGGGCAAGAGGGACGACGAAGAGGACAGCGAAUCCAGCACCGAGCCCGAGGAAGAGAGAGACCGGGACGCGGACGACGACGACGAAGACGAGGGCUUUGGGCGGCUCGGGUCAAAGCGGCGGACUGUUUCCGGCUUGGUGGGCAACAAGUUUCAUGUUCUCCAAUGUGAGUGAAGGGAAGAAGCUUGGGGGACUUCUUUGGCUCUGGUGUCUUCCUCACUGGCCGCUCGAGGCGCGUUCCGUCUUGUGUGUCAUGACCCUCUUCAAUGCAGACAUUUGUGCAAAAGACAAAGCCGCCACGCCACGAUCAUUGUCUUUUCGGCAGGACUGUCGGCCGAGGACACUAGUUGGCUUGCUCGCUGAGGAGGCUAGUUGGCUUGCUCGCCGAGGAGGCUAGUUGGCUUGCCCGCCGAGGAGGCUAGUUGGCUUGCCCGCCGAGGACACUAGUUAGCGUGCCCGCCGAGGACGCUAGUUAGCGUGCCCGCCGAGGACGCUAGUUAGCGUGCCCGCUGAGGACGCUAGUUAGCCUGCCCGCUGACGACGCAACGCGGACUCCAUUCCUGUACUCCGACAAAGCCACUAGAUAACAGAAGGUACUGAACAAAAUCACCUCUGGGCUUCUUGCCUCUUUCAUUUGUUACUUGCCAGAGAGUUAGCUUAAUUUCCUGAUAUUUGCACACCGGCACUCUAGAUGGAGAAAAUAUUUUUCUACUCCAUGCUGUGCCUCACCUCUGCUUGUUAAUGCACAAAGCUUCUUCUCCUGAUGUCGGGCAGCCGUGUGGCUUGUAUUUUUUUAGGUGUGUUCUCACAGCAAAACUUUUGUCUGUCCGGCUCAGGAAUAGUCAAAGUCAAAGUCAGCUUUAUUGUCAAUCUCUCCACAUGUCACAACACACAGAGACCGAAAUUACGUUUUUCUCUAUCCCACGGUGACGAGACACAUAACACGAUAGACAUACAUGCACGCGACACAAUAUAAAAACAAGAAGGCAAAAAUUCAAACAAUCAAUAGUAAGAGUGAUGAAUAAAUAAUAAAUAAACAGAUAACACAAUAAAUAACGGAGCCAGCAAGCAUAGCGCAAAAGUAAAAAACAUCAUAAACAAAAAGGCACAAACAAUAAAUAAGAGUAAUAAUAAAUAAUAAGAGCCAGUGUGCAUUCAGACAGUUCAGACAGUAAAAGUACAGGACGCUACGCAGAACGGGGGAGCGAGUUCAGGAUCCUAACAGCCUGGAGUAUGAAGCUGUUUGAGAGUCUGGAGGUGCGGGAGCGCAGGCUACUGUACUUCUUCCCAGAGGGCAGAAGCUCGAACAAAGAGUGAGCGGGGUGACUCGCAUCACUCACAAUCGUGGUCGCCUUGCGGGUGAGAUGUCCUGGGCGCUUGUUUCAAAAAGGUUUAAGUGAAAUGGCGAGCGCUCCUUGGUGGCAGUCGACAGAUUCGUUAUUAUAAUUGCAGGGUGUUCUAAAGUGUGAAGGCCAGUUGUCUGUUUUGAUGCUUGGAACGGUCCUUUCUUGGUUCCAGAAUCUCUUCAAUGGACCGCUUUCUGCAAUAAACCGGGAGUGUCCGAAACCUA